UGCAAAGCAAGUAACCACAAGAUGGAAGCAUUACAGAGAGGUUAUGGACAAAGAAGGAAUUAUAAUUGUCGGACAUGCCAGUGACGGAGAUCCUCGACCAAUCGGAUCCAUGCUUGAUGGUAUGGAGAUGCCGAGCAGUUCUAAUUCAACAUAUGGAGAUGACUAUUGCGCAACGGCGCUCCCCGAACGCGUUUACAUGCAGGAUUACACCCACGGCGUAAAUAAGCUGAAAGUGAAAAUCUUAAAGAAAGAUGUUGAGUUGCUUUUAGGAAAAUUUAAAAUAUCACGACUCCAUCUUGAGACACUCCUUGCAAAUGUUCAUAAGAGUGUGCACGGACUUUCUCCAGCGGACCUGAAUGACGGGGACAAGAUGAAGUUCCAGCCUGCUCUGCGUAUGUCGAAACAAUGCGUUAUCGAUGCGCUGAGAGCACACGUCCCCGAAAGCAACGCAACAGCCUUGUAUCUCACUAUGAUGAAGGAUAUUGUGGACACAUUUAUUACCAGAACAGAACUCUGUCCAGUCCAAAACGUGUUCAAAAUUUGGCACGUACUAUUCAUCUUGCGGGCUUGGCGGAACAUGUGCAUGAGAAAAUACAACGGUUUACCGUAUCUACCGGAGUUGAUCCAGAGCCAAACGUGCGAGAGCUUCUUUCGAUCAGCGAGAUCAUUAUCUACUACGGAGUCAACGGUGAUCAACUUCACAAUGAAAGGCUUUGAGUCCAAAAUUAAUUUGAUUCAAGCAAAGACGGAAAUCGCCCACGACGCAUCCAACGGCAUCAACCGGUCCGACUGCCUUCUGCUAUUCUGCGCCGUUAGUCUUAUCGCUUACUACGGAGGUGUUAACGGCACCAGAGUGCACCAACUGCAUCAUGUACUGAAGUGUCCCUGCACCAUCCGCUAG